AUGGCGGACGCCACUUGCACAUCAUACCGCUGCGAAGAGAAGCAUGACACUCUGACCAGGCUAAAUGCCAUACUUGAUGCCUUCUGGGCGAAUCUAGACAGUCGAGAGCAGCAGACAACAGCACACGCAUACUUACGUAGCAAGAAAACCACACGUUCCUGCCGCAGACGAGGAGUUCCUCAGCCAAAGGGAGCUCCAAGAUGGCACCGCAGAAAGAGACCUCUCCCAUCUGCACGCAAACACACACAACGGAACCGGGCAACAGAGCUAUGUUGUAGAGAGCUGCAAACUCUCCACAUACCCAGCCUUAAGCAAGCCUCGCCAUGCAGCCGCAGAAAAAAACGUUACUCCUCAUUGCCCCAGAUCCGGACACCGCCAAAGAAAAUCCAGCGGUUCCUAAUGGAUGCAGCCACAUCUUAUACUCUGUACGCCGACCUCCGUUGUGAUGGGCAGGCAGGCCGGACAAAGGACAUCGGAAGAGACAGCAGGGACUUACCCACUAAAGGCAUCGAAUGA